GCUACCAACCCGCCUCAGGCUGAGCAGCGGAACGCCGAGCCGGCAGCGCUCACUUUCUGCCUCUCUCGAUGCGUUCGAUGCUCGCGCGCCGCCUCCUGGCGUCUCUCUCGCCACUUCCGGCGGCGCGGGAGGCCGGAGGAAGCGGGGCGUGCGCCGCGGCGGCGGGCCCAGGGAGGAGGGCGGGGGGAGCUGCCGCCGCGCCCCCGCGCUGCAGCCGCCGCCGCCGCACAGCUUUCAGACAGAGGACAAACAGAAAGUAAAGAGCAGAAGGAAGAUAACAAUAGCACUGAAUGCAGCGAACUAGGAAUCAUGGAUCUGAAAUUCACUUCAUCAAGAAAAUACAUUUCCAUCAGUGUACCUUCCAAAUCUCAAACUAUGUCUCCUCAUAUCAAAUCAGUAGAUGAUGUUUUAGUUCUUGGCAUGAAUCUCAGCAAAUUUAACAAACCUACUCAAUUUUUCAUCUGUGUUUCUGGAGUUUUUAUGUUUUAUCUAAUCUAUGGAUAUUUACAGGAAUUGAUAUUUUCAGUGGAAGGUUUUAAACCUUUUGGGUGGUACCUCACUUUAGUGCAAUUUGGAUUUUAUUCCAUUUUUGGACUAAUAGAGUUGCAACUGAUUCAGGACAAAAGGAGGAGAAUUCCUGGCAAAACCUACAUGAUAAUAGCGUUUUUAACAGUGGGAACUAUGGGUUUGUCAAAUACCUCUUUAGGAUAUCUGAAUUACCCUACUCAAGUCAUCUUCAAGUGCUGUAAGCUGAUUCCAGUUAUGAUAGGUGGGGUUUUUAUACAAGGAAAACGUUACAAUGUUGCAGAUGUGUCUGCUGCCCUAUGUAUGAGUCUUGGAUUAAUAUGGUUUACAUUAGCUGACAGCACAGUUGCACCAAACUUCAACUUGACAGGUGUGGUCCUAAUAUCCCUUGCCCUCUGCGCAGAUGCAGUUAUAGGAAAUGUGCAAGAAAAGGCUAUGAAGUUGCACAAUGGUUCUAAUUCAGAAAUGGUUUUGUAUUCCUACUCAAUAGGUUUUGUGUAUAUUUUAUUUGGAUUAACAUGCACUAGUGGAUUAAGCCCUGCAGUCACAUUUUGCUCAAAGCAUCCAGUUCAGACAUACGGUUAUGCAUUCCUUUUCUCCCUGACUGGGUAUUUUGGCAUAUCUUUUGUUCUAGCUUUGAUUAAAAUCUUUGGUGCCCUUCUGGCUGUAACAGUAACAACAGGAAGAAAAGCAAUGACCAUUGUGCUUUCGUUUUUGUUCUUUGCAAAGCCAUUCACGUUACAGUACGUGUGGUCAGGCUUACUGGUUGUCCUUGGUAUAUUUCUUAAUGUUUACAGUAAAAACAUGGAUAAAAUCAAACUGCCUUCACUGCAUGGUCUUUGGAAAAAAAGCGUAGAAGAAAGAAAAACAAGGACGUUGUCACAAACUGUAUAAACAGUGGUUUAUGCCUUGUCUAGACUAUGACUCCUUAUUUUAUUGGAACAAUCUUCAACUGAUUCACUUUCCAAAGGGAACGUUAUUAAAACCAAAGGAGCUGAAGGCACAUCUGCUUGCAGAUUGCUAUAAGUGCACAUUUUUGUGAGCCCUUUCUUUAGAGCACUUGAAAUCAUCGUGAAAGGUGUUUGCAGGCCAUUGUGAGAUGGCGUAUCAGGCCAAUGAAGGACAGCAGCUCCUGGCAAACUGCUGAGAAGCUGCGCUCCAUGUGGGACACAGUGGAAGACUAAUUUGGGCAUUUUAAUAAUAUUGGCCAUCUGGCUGAUCUGAGAUCAGUGGUUCUUUGUUAAUUGUGUAGAUGGGAUAAUUUAAAUGUAAUACUGUGUUAACAUUUAAUGGAACCUCAUCAGCAACUGGUUGACCAAAUUGCAAUUUUUUUGAAGGUUGAGAAUAUGAUAUGUUGUCACUCUUUUUCUUUUGAAAUAAAAAUG